AUGGGCGGGCCCAAUCUCGAAGUCGCCAAGUUCGGCAUGUACAUUCUCUUCCCGAUCAGCAUCAUGUACUACUUCGGCACAAACCUCGACGGCAAGUUCUCGGUGCCAGACUUCUGGCCCAAGCCGGAGCAGACACACCGCAUUCCGUAUGAGCGGGAGGAGAUCGCGAAGGAGCUGGAGAGGCUGAAGGCGAGGAAUCUGGAGAACAAGAGGAGGAGGGAAGAGGAGGAGAGGCGGAUGGCUGCGAUGGGUGUCAGCAAGGACGAAUAG